CUGGCCCCUUGUCUGCCUGUGGGUUCCCCCGUUGGCCUGGGUUGCAGUUGGGGGCUAGACCCACGAAGCUUCCUCUGCAAGGGGUGGGGUGGCAGGCCUGCCAGCUCAAAUCUGGCUGCAGCUGGGCCCAGAGCAUCAGGCACCUCCCAGCCUAGCACUGCAUUGCAGGAGGUUGGGGAGGGGUCUUGGAGCAGGGCACUCCUGUGCUCCUUGCCUCACCGGCAGGUGGCACUGACAAGGCCCCACACACAGCAAGCCCUGCUGGUGAUGGCUGCAGCCCAGGCUGCCCCAACUGCCCUGGGUCCCGCCAGUGUCGGGGACACAGGAGUCCCUGGGGCUUGUGCCUUUGGAGGAUAGCUUCAUGGACAGAUAUACCAUGCUAAGACAUCACUUGUUUCCUGGAGGAGGGGAGGUGGGUGGGUGGCCCAGACCAAGGUAUGUAUCAAGAGCUCCCCACGGCUCCAGUCGGUGCCUCAUGUUUGUGCAGAAGCCACCUGGGGAUCUUGUUCAGCUGCAGCUGCUGAGUGAGCAGCAUAGGCGGGUCUCAGGAACCUGCAAGCCAUGCUUGCAGUAUCAAGGCCCAAGGGGCCCCCACAACUCACUCACCUGCCCCACACACGUAUCCAGUGGGUCCUGCUCAACUCCUGUAGGAUCAUGGGCUCUGAGGACACAAGCUGGGAUCAGGCUCUUGGGCCCGCUUGCAUUGACACAGUCAUUCAGCAAAUACUGAACACCAACUGUGUGAACCAGAUGGACAAGAUGUGCUCCUGGGCAGCCACAGUCUGCUGGGGACGUGGCAGUGAACCCCUAACAUAGUCUGAAUUGAUAAAUGCUAUAAAGAGGAACCAGGAGCUCUGGUGGAGGCAGCCUGAGGAGUGUCCCAAAGCGGGGAGUCCAGGGACUGGGAGUCUCAGCAGCAGAGCCCAGGCUGGGGUGACACAUGCUACCCUCUCUCCCCAGCGUGGCUGCUGUGCCCAGCACAGGGUAAAGGGGUAACACAAGCCUGUGUGUGGAGGCUGCACAGGGGGCCUGGGUCCCAAGCACAAGGGUGUAGCUCUGGGCAGCCAGAGGUUCCAAUGAUGGGGACCCUAGGCUUCAGUCCCAGGCAUCCUGCCAUCUAGGUCAAGGUCACCAUUCCAUUGAAUUAUCAGUGUCCGGGAGGCUUGCCAGGCUCAGCCCAUGGACUUUGACCUCCAGCCAUGGGGAAAGUUGGAAAAGGAGGCCUCCAAAUUGUGUGUGUGUGUACCAGCGCCUCCCAGACACAGAGUGUGAGGCCAGGCCCCUAGACAGGGCUGGACCAGACACCCCUGGCCCUGCAGGGGGAGAAGUGAGGCUGGGGUGGUAAGGAGGGCUGCCUGGAAGAGGGGAUGUUGGGAUCUGCCUUAAGGGGUGAGAAAAUAUGAGAGGGUCCAUCUGGCAGACAGGAGAGAGGCUUGUGGGGUGUUGGCACCGCUAGAGUUGGGAAAGGUCAAGAAAUGAGACUGGAGCCUCAGGUCAGCCCAGAGGAACCUGAACUUCACCCCACGGGCAACGCUCACCUGGGGAGGGAGGCUGUCAGGCAGGUGGCCAGAAGACCAUCUUGUCACUGAGGCUUACAGGUGGGACCCAGCUGACAAAAGGCUAAGGGGCUGCAUGGAGAAAGGGCCCUGGUUGGAGGUGGUGGUGAGGGUUAGAAUCUUCCUGACCCCAGACUGUGGGUGCCCCGGGGCAGGAAUCAGGUGGGGACCGCUCACCCUGUUUCCAGCAGCCACAAGUAUCAGAGUCCAAGGCUGGUCGGAGGGCGUGACAAAGACAUUGGGCCACCUUUCCCCACCCUACAGCCCUCUCCCUGGUCCAGCUCCCCUGCCCCCUUUGCAUCUCCCCCUCCUCUAAGCUGUUCAGAACCCUCCCAAGUCCCCACCACACCCCAACCCCAGGCUCCUCCUUUCUGCUGCUUCAGCCACAAGCCUGAGCUCCUCCCUGCCAGGAACACUGUUCCCAAAUUCCUCACCAAGGUGGCUCCAUCCCCACCUAAUCUCAGCCUGCCUCUUGAGCCCCCUCCCUCCACCCGCUAAGUGAGCCCAGCCUCAGCUGCCCACAAGGUGUGGAGGCUACAUGGAAGGAACACAGCACAGAAUCACUGCCUCUAAGGGACCCUCAACCCAGGACUAUGGCUACCUGCCUUGAGAUGGCCCCAGAACCAGUCAAAGCUUCACACGCAGACACGUGUUUCAGUUUGGGGCCAGGCAUGAAAUCUCAAAUCCAAGGGCACUGAAGAGGACUUGCACCCAACUAGGUCAGGUUCCUCCAUCAGCGCACACGGAUAAUGACCACUUGAUCCUGGGGGGAAGAGGUGUGGGGAGUUAAAAAGGGUCCCCUUCGGGGUCAAGGUUGGGACGCUGGCGCCUUAGGAUGAAGAAAGCAGAAGUGCAAAACGAGGCCUGGAGAACGAAUUCCCUUAGAAUGAGGUUGCUGGCCCGGGGUCUCUAGGACGCAGCCCCGGGCCUCAGAGCAGAAGCAUCCCGAGGCGUCGUCUUCUAGCCUUCAAUAAGAGGGAAACUGAGCCUGGGCCGCAGAAACGGCCAGGCCAGUGUGGACCGCGCUGAGCCGGACGAGGGUGUAGAGGGGGAGGGGCCUCGGAGGCUCCGCGGGAGCGCUCAGGGAGGUCACGGCUGCGGCGACCGGACCAGGGCGCAGCGGGGGGCGACCUUUGCGCGGGGCGGGGCCGGGCCAGGCUGGGUCCCUGGCAACCCCCCCGCCUAGAGCGCCGCCGCGGAGUUGCUGAGAGCCCUAGAGGCCGCGCCGACGCUGAGCCGUGGUCCGGGCUCCGCCACCAUGGACAUCCCGCCGCUGGCCGGCAAGAUUGCGGCUCUGUCGCUCGGCGCCCUCCCGGUGUCCUACGCGCUCAACCACGUCUCGGCGCUCUCGCACCCCCUGGGGGUGGUGUUGAUGAGCGCCCUGAUCCUGGGUCUGCUAUUUGUGGCUAUCUACAGCCUGUCCCGCGGUGAGAUCUACUACGACCCGCUUUAUGCUGUAUUCGCUGUCUUCGCCUUCACCUCGGUGGUAGACCUCCUUAUCGCUCUCCAGGAAGAUGGCUAUGCGGUGGGCUUCAUGGAGUUCUACACCAAGGAGGGCGAUCCGUACCUGCGGACCGCGCAUGGAGUCUUCAUCUGCUAUUGGGACGGCACUGUUCACUACCUCCUCUACCUGGCCAUGGCCGGCGCCAUCCGCAGAAGGAAGAGGUACCGGAACCUUGGACUCUACUGGUUGGGAUCCUUCGUCAUGAGCGUCCUGGUGUUCCUCCCAGGAAACAUCCUUGGCAAAUACAGCUCAGAGAUUAGGCCCGCCUUCUUCCUUGCCAUCCCCUAUGUGCUGGUCCCAUGCUGGGCUGGUGUGAGGGUCUUCAGCCAGUCCCAGGCACCAACCUGCUGCACCCCCAAUGUGGUGCAGGAGGAACAAAGAAAGGGCCUCCUACAGCGCCCAGUUGACCUGGCCCUCAUCAUCUACCUCACUCUUGCUGGGUUCUUUACCCUCUUCCGGGGCCUGGUGGUUCUUGACUGCCCCACAGAUGCCUGCUUUGUCUACAUUUAUCAGUAUGAGCCAUACCUGCGGGACCCUGUGGCCUAUCCAAAGGUGCAGAUGCUAGUGAACAUGUUCUACGUGCUGCCUUUCCAUGGCCUGGCUGCCUAUGCCCUCAUCUUUCCCGGCUGCUCCUGGCUGCCUGACUGGGCUUUAGUGUUUGCUGGAGCCAUUGGCCAGGCACAGUUCUCGCACAUGGGUGCCUCCAUGCACCUGCGCACGCCCUUCACCUACCGUGUACCUGAUGACACCUGGGCCUGCUUCUUCGUGUGCAACCUGCUGUAUGCGCUGGGCCCCCACCUGCUGGCCUAUCGCUGCCUGCGGUGGCCUGCCUUCUUCCUGCGCCCACCCCCCGGCCCCCCAGCCCACCAUAAGAAGCAGCACUGAGGGGGCCGUGGGACUCCCCAGGACUCCGUGUACAUGCUUAGCAGGCCCUGCCCCAGGAAGGGUGGGUUGGGUUUUUUAGAGGCAGGAGGUAUGUCUCUGGGUGUCUUUGGUCCUGGCUAUGGUGGUUUCAGGCCUGUGGGUGGGAUGGGAGACCCAAGCACAGAGGGCCACAGCCACGCUGAACUGUCAGGGUACACCAAUCCCACAUGGAUUCUUCUACUCUUUCCCAGAAUUUACCCAUCAUCCCCCGCCAUGGAUGCUUUUAGUAAAAACCCUCUUGAUGCCCAAAAUAUUGCUGCCUGAGAGUUUCAGGAUGUAGGGACGAGGGACCUGCUUCUCUGACCCCAUGAGGGCCUACCUAUCACUGCCAGCGUGCCCAACAGGAGCUGGAGGUGCUGGACAGCAGAAGUCUGCCUUUGGUUGGUGUGCACGGCUCCAUCUCCCAGAUGGGGAAAACUGAGGCUCAGAGAGGACCAGAGACCUGCCUGAGGUCACUUUGAAAUCCAAGCUCUGUCAAUAAAUUAUAAUAACUAAUA